AUCUUUUUUUUGUUUCACAAAAGAACAGUCCACAAAUAAUGCUUCAAUCGAUUGUCCGAAGCGUCCCCGCUGUCUCGUCCGCGUCGUCGCGUCUUGCGCUCGCUCGCCGCAGCGCGUCCACUGCCGCCGCUGCCAAAGAGCUCGAUCUUGUUGUUAUCGGCGGUGGCCCCGGUGGCUACGUCGCUGCCAUCAAGGCUGGCCAGCUCGGCCUGAAGACUGCUUGCGUUGAGAAGCGUGGCGCACUUGGCGGCACCUGCUUGAACGUUGGCUGCAUCCCGUCCAAGGCCCUGCUCAACAACUCGCACUACUACCACAUGGCCCAGCACGACUUUGCCAACCGAGGCAUUGUUGUCGAGAACGUCAAGCUCGACUUGCCCAAGCUCAUGGCCGCCAAGGACAAGGCCGUCACCGGCUUGACGGGCGGCGUUGAGAUGCUGCUCAAGAAGAACAAGGUCGACUACGUCAAGGGCCACGGCAAGAUUACCGGCGCCCAGGAGGUCACUGUCGACCUGCUCGGCGGCGGCUCGCAGGUGCUCAAGGCCAAGCGCAUUCUGAUUGCCACCGGCUCGGAGGUCACCCCGUUCCCUGGCAUCGCCAUUGACGAGCAGACCAUCGUGUCGUCGACCGGCGCCCUUGCGCUGAAGGCUGUGCCCAAGAAGAUGAUUGUUAUUGGCGGCGGUGUUAUCGGCCUCGAGCUCGGCUCGGUCUGGUCCCGUCUCGGCGCUGAGGUCACUGUUGUCGAGUUCCUCGGCGGCAUUGGCGGUGCCGGCAUUGACGGCGAGGUUGCCAAGAACUUCCAGCGCGUCCUCACCAAGCAAGGACUCAACUUUAAGCUUAACACCAAGGUCACCGGCGCCACCAAGCAGGCCAACGGCUCCGUCAAGGUCAACGUCGAGUCCGCUGACGGCAGCGUCAAGGAGACGCUCGAUGCCGACGUUCUCCUCGUCGCCAUUGGUCGCCGUCCCUACACGAACAACCUCGGCCUCAAGGAGGCGGGCGUCAAGGUCGACAACCGCGGCCGCGUUGAGGUGAACAACAUGUUCACCACCAACGUUCCCUCCAUCUACGCCAUCGGCGACGUCAUCCAGGGCCCCAUGCUUGCGCACAAGGCCGAGGACGAGGGCAUUCUUGCCGUCGAGGGCAUGUGCGGCGGCCACCCCCACAUUGACUACAACAACGUCCCCUCUGUCAUCUACACCCACCCGGAGGUCGCUUGGGUUGGCAAGACCGAGGAGCAGCUCAAGGCCGAUGGUGUCGAGUACACGAUUGGCAAGUUCCCCUUCGUCGCCAACUCCCGUGCCAAGACCAACAACGACACUGACGGCUUUGUCAAGGUUCUCGGUGACAAGAAGACUGACCAGAUUCUCGGCGCGCACAUCAUUGGCCCUGGUGCUGGUGAGAUGAUUGCCGAGGCUGUUCUCGCCCUCGAGUACAAGGCUUCGUGCGAGGAUGUUGCUCGCGUUUGCCACGCACACCCCACGCUUUCCGAGGCCUUCAAGGAGGCUGCCCUGACUGCAUGGAAUGGCAAGCCGAUUAACGCCUAACAGCAGAAAGAAGAAAAAAGCUGCCGAAUACUUGAUUCUGGUAUGUGUUGUGGAGGA